GCCGUUCGCGAAUAUCGUGUCAAGGAAAGGAACGUCGUCGCGUUCCUGCUGUGCCCCCGUCUACGACGUGCCACGCGUUACGGCGAGCUGGUUUCACCACGCGCGGGGCCAAUCACCGCGCGCAGUUUGAGCCGGAAAGGCGCUUUCAGGUAACAUGCCCGCUCGCCUAAUCUUUCCUGGCGUGCUGAGUGAGCCGACAAGAACGGUGGUUUGCGGUACUGCGUGAACUCCCCGCAGUUGCAGGCAACAUGACUACGAGGUGGAUACUUUUCUUCGCGCUGAUCCUUCCCGUCUGGCAACUCUGGAAGCGACUGCCGCUUUUGUUCGAGUUGAGUGCCUACUUCGGUUCCGGGUUCCUUGUGCUCCUGCUUAGUUUUGGGACGGCACGAUUCUUGUCGUCUAGACUCUUCAGAAAGCUGGUUGACGGUGACGGCAAGGCUGUGCUGGUGACGGGCUGCGACACAGGCUUUGGAAACCUCCUUGCUAAGCGGCUGUCCCGCAGUGGCUUCCUGGUGUACGCCGGUUGCCUGAAUGCCUCAAGCGAGGAUGCCUGUGAGCUCGCCAAGGAAUGUAACGUCCAGGUGCUUCAACUGGAUGUCACAAAAGAAGAGGAGAUGGAUAAUGCCGUCAUGGCCGUGAAGAAUACUCUAGGAACUAAAAGCAAGCUCAACACGGCCUACACGAACUGUACUUCAAAUGGAAACCUCAUAGACUGCCUGCACGAGAAAAAUCUGUUUAGAGAAAUGACUUUGCGAACGAAGCAAUUAACCUCCCUUUUUUUUUUCUUUUUGGCUGGCGCAGAGUUAUGGGCCGUUGUGGCUAAUGCUGGCGUACCAAGCCACGGCCUUCUCGAAUGGGCAAGUAUGUCGUCCAUCAGGAAAAUCUUCGACGUCAAUGUUUUCGGUGUGGUCAGUGUGUCGAAGAAGUUUCUUCCACUUCUGAGGAAAUCGAAGGGUCGUCUCGUCAUUACGGGAAGUGUUCUUGGACGAAGCACGGUGCCGACGGGCGUCGUUUACUGCAUGACAAAGCACGCAGUCAUUUCGCUGGCCGACGGACUGCGCAGGGAAUGCGGCGACAAGGGUGUGUACGUCUCCACCGUGGAGCCCACUGCCUAUAGGACGCGGAUCCUUUCCGACGUCGGUUCUAUGGAGAAGACCCGUCAGCAGCUGAGCCUUCUGCCUCGCGAGUCACUCGAAGACUUCACCGAGCAGGAAGUCAGUGAUUGGAUGAAGGCAGCUUCGACUAUCGCAGAUCUGACGAGACGCGACGACGUCAACGAAGUGGUUGAUCAGAUGGUGCUCGCCGUCAGGGAGAAAGAACCGAAGCCUAACUACGCCGCCUGGGGUCUGUGGGAGCCGGUCUUUUACUUAGUCUGUCGGGAAGCACCAGCCGAACUCAUCGACUUCCUGCUGGUUGCAUUUCGCAAGGCUACCAGAGCUGGUUUGCUCGAUGGAACUUGGCGGCUGUCCCGCAUUUGGACGUAGUGGAAAUCACUCGAGGUUCCCGAUCAACUAGGAAAAGCAAGAUCUCCUUAUUAAGUGACUCAUGUACUCUAAUAACUCAACGACUGCGAACAGGAAGUAUGGGCCUUACAAGCUCCAGCUUAUAUAAGUUCAGAGGCUCCACUGUGACCUUAUGAAUUCAGUGUGUCGAUGCAUGGUCAGUAUACCUCGAUGCUAAAGACCCUGAGAACAGCCCAAAGAACUUGGCCCCCGCGUCUGCAGUGAAUGCUCGCCACAUGCUGUGGCCAUUUCCAGGGACAAAUGCUACGCAAUAAAAUGUGCUUACAGAAACCGAAAUGCGCAUAGAGCAGCCUGCAGGCACUUAACUAUUAGCUCUAAACUGCACUAGAUACACUGGACAAUCACCCUCUGUGGGAAGCGAGGGUCGUCGGUACACUGGUUCAGAACGCCCUCAGCAGCGAAGGCAUUGAACGCGGCGUUGCACUUCUUGGGGGCAUGCGGACUGAAUGAUAGGUUAAUAGCAUUGUCGAGAGCUACAUCGCGCUUCUGUUGGGUUUAUAUUUUUUCAUAAGUUUUUGUUUCAUUUUAGUUUUG